AUGAAGCAGUCGGGGUUGGAUGACGUUGACCUUGUCGGAGACGACUGUGUUACAAAGCAGUCAGAAGAUCCGUGGUCUGACGCUGUUUUUGCCUUAGGAGUCAAAUUUCAAGGGCUUCGUCGAGGUUGGGUGAGUCGUCCUCCUCAAAUCCGGCGCCUUCUCCGGAAAGAUUGCCGUCAUCGCCGUCAUCGUAGAGAUCAUCGACCACAACUGCGCCAUCAUCGACGCCCAACAACGGGUGUUCCCCGCCAAUCCUAUCCCUACAAGCACCUCUCCCUCACUCCCCUCAAACUCUCAGACCUGCCCCCAGCAGCUGGUCCGCAAAGAGGUUGA